GGGGGGACCCCACUGCGCCCAGCCGCUCUGCUGGCUCCGCCAGCGGGGAGCGAUCGCAGCAGAUGUUUCCCAGGGGCGUUGCUGAGCCCAGCCACAAGGGGACCAUGCGCUCCCCGCGGAGCCAGAGGCGAGCUGCGCCCACCGCCCACUGACGGGCCCCUCCCUGGGAAAGAGCAUGGUAAGGGCUGCCAGCCCUGGACUGGACAGAGCCACCACCACCUGAGCAUCCCGUGCCCUCAUGAUGAACACAGCCUACAUCCUGCUGGAGCUGAGCAUCGCUGUGCUCUCCAUUGCUGGCAACGUCCUGGUGUGCUGGGCUGUGGCCAUCAACAGCACCCUGAAGAACGCCACCAACUACAUCCUGGUGUCGCUGGCCGUGGCCGACAUUGCCGUGGGCUUGCUGGCCAUCCCUUUUGCCAUCACCAUCAGCAUCGGCCUCGACACGGAUUUCCACAGCUGCCUCUUCUUCGCGUGCUUCGUGCUGGUGCUGACCCAGAGCUCCAUUUUCAGCCUGCUGGCCGUGGCCAUCGACAGGUACCUGGCUAUCAAGAUCCCGCUCAGAUACAAGAGCCUGGUGACUGGGAAACGGGCAAGAGGGCUCAUUGCCGUUCUCUGGCUCCUGUCCUUUGGGAUUGGACUGACCCCCCUGAUGGGCUGGAACAGAGCCCCUGAUGGGCAGAACAGUCCCUGCCAGAAUUCUACAAACAGCUCGGCGCAGCAGCAGGGCUGCUUAAUAAAAUGUCUCUUUGAGAAUGUGGUCACCAUGAGCUACAUGGUCUAUUUCAACUUCUUCGGUUGUGUGCUCCUCCCCCUCUUCAUCAUGUUGGGCAUCUACAUCAAGAUAUUCAUGGUGGCCUGCAAGCAGCUGCGGAAGAUGGAGUUGACGGGUAACUCCAGGACUACCCUCCAGAAGGAGGUCAAUGCGGCCAAGUCUCUGGCCAUCAUCGUUGGGCUCUUUGCCUUCUGCUGGCUGCCCCUGCACAUCCUGAACUGCAUCACCUACUUCCACCAGGACUUUGCCCACAACAAGCCCGACUGGGUGAUGUACGUGGCUAUCAUCCUGUCCCACGCCAACUCCGUCAUCAACCCCAUUAUCUACGCCUACAAGAUCAGGGACUUCCGCUGCACCUUCCGCAAGAUCCUCACCAAGUACAUCCUCUGCAGGAUGGAGGACGUCCCCAAGGGCACCAAUGGCAAUAUCCAGCACCUGACUGUCAGCAACCUCAGCUCUGUGCCUGUAUUAUCUGACCAUGCCUGUCAUCCAGCAGCCUGGCCCUGACCAACCCAACCCUCCCCCCUAGUGCCUAUGUAGACAGUGGACCAGGCUUCUGAUGAGUCACACUAUAUAAUGUACAGCUGUAUUUUU